GAUGGAAGAGCCUGGAGUCCCAUUGUUAAUAAGUGACUUGUUCUCAGAAGUUUUUCUGCUAUACCAAGCUCGUUACUCCCUCACCAGCCCCCAAAUCCACUGAAGCAGCACCUUCUUGGGAUGUGUUGUACUCACCCCCUCACUCUCCCUAUGUUUCCUGGAUGCCACCACACCAAACACUGCGAUAGGCACCAGAUGUGGCAUUCUCAGAAGCGGCAUGGUGUGACAUUCAUUCAGAGUGGGCAGCAUGCUGACACGGGGGCCUCACUUGUUGCAUCGUGGGGUAAUAGCCCUCUGGGGCCCAAGAUCUACUGCCUGGAAAUCAACUCUUCCCAGGACAGCCCCCCAAGCUGUUACAAAGGCACCCAUGCCUCUACAUCUUUCGUUAAAUUUGGAUGAUGGGAAAGUUUUCCGCCUCAAGAGCAACUGGGAGCUUAGCCGUGGACUGCUGGUGUUCCUGCUCUGCUCCUCUCCAAGGCUGGUUCAAAGAGCACCCAUGCUUCUUUCUGUCUGCCGACGGGUUCUGGGCUACCGACUAUGGAGCUCAGUGCUCCGUUUUACACUGUAUGGACAGUUUGUGGCUGGAGAAACUCAUGAAGAGAUCAAGGAAACAUUGCAACGGCUCCAAGGUUUGGGGGUCCGCCCUCUUCUCGCAGUCCCUAUAGAGGAAGAUGUGGGGCAGGCAAGGGAAGGGGAAGAAUGGUAUGAGAAGAAUACCCAUGCCAUGCUUACCUGCCUGGAUCUGUCAGUGGAGGGUGCCACCAAUCCUAUGAUGCAGCUGAAGGUGACCGCACUGAUGGCAGCUGAGCUCUGUAAAACAAUUACAUUGCAUCUGCAAGAACAAGAUGGGAAGUUGGAUCUGAGCUUAGAAAGAGUGGUGGCUACCAUGAAAGGAGAAGAUGUGAACUUUGGCUGCCUGACCCCAGAAGAGAACCAGCAUUUCCUUAAAUCUUUGCGUCGUCUCAAUUCUGUGGCACAGUAUGCUGUCAAAAAAGGAGUCCGUGUUCUGGUGGAUGCAGAAUAUACCUAUGCUAACCCUGCCCUGACACUUGUCACUAUGGCAAUGAUGGCUACCUGGAACACACAACAUCCGUGGAUCUGGAACACAUAUCAGGCAUACCUCAAGGACACACUGGAGCGAUUGAAUCGAGAUGUGGCCCUCACUAAAUGUUUGGGGGUCUGUUUUGGAGUGAAGCUGGUGCGAGGUGCAUAUCUGGAGAAGGAGCGAAAGCUGGCAAAGGAAAAGGGGUACCCUGAUCCUGUUCAACCCAACUGGGAUGCUACCAAUGAUAGUUAUCAACGCUGUUUGGAUUUCAGUUUGGAUCAAGUGUCUAAAGCCAGGGGGAGCUUUGAGCUGAUAGUGGCCACACAUAAUGAAACCUCAGUGAUGCAUGCUGUGCAGAGGAUGGAAGAGAUGGGUAUCGACAAGGCUACUGGACCUGUCAGCUUUGGGCAGCUGCUGGGCAUGUGUGACCAGGUGUCCUUGGCAUUAGGUCAGGCAGGUUAUGCCAUCUACAAAUCCAUCCCUUAUGGAACGGUGGAAGAGGUGAUCCCCUACCUGAUCCGCCGUGCCCAUGAGAACCAGAGUGUCCUGCAAGGGAUCAGGAAGGAACGCAAUCUGUUGCACUUGGAGCUACGCAGACGGAUCCUGAGGAGGUCUUGAGGAAAUCUAAAAAUUCCCAAAGUAUAAUCCCACCUCCUUGCCUCUAUCCCUUCUUGGACACAUACAACUAGGACCUCCCCCCCCCCUCCAAUAUAAAAUCUCCUUUCUCUGGUGUCACAUCCAAUAUGAUCUUCCAAAAGUUCAUCCUUUGGGCUUGCCAGAUCUCCAUGAUGCCAAAACCAGAGACUCCUGUGGCUGAGCAAUGUUGUGAGUCUGUGAACUAAUACACACAUGUACUUGCACAGAGACAGAAAAGCUAGGCAGGGUCCAGGUAUUGGCAUAGAGAUAAAGAAGCAAAGCUUAAAAUGUGAAGAUCCAGGAAACUGUAGGGAGAGGACCGAGGAUGUCUUUUUUCCUCAGGAUGUUUGGGGUGAGCGAUGAAUUUGAGCUGGGAAGGGAAAUCUGUGGGUGUCUAGAAUUGCAGAUCAACUAAAUCAGUGCUACUCAAAAUGGUGGUCCUUAGACCAUUGCUGAUCCCUGAACUAAUGGCUGCCAGUCCCUGGCAAGUCGAAGAAAGACAAAAACUUCUGUGUGCAAUGGGUACAAAUAUAGUGCUUGUCCUUGGCACAGGGGGAGAGGGGGAUCAUUGCUAGUCCCCUACAUCAGCUAGCCAAAGAAACACUGUCCUAAAUGGCUUUGUUUCAACUUGACCAUUAGGCAAAAUGAGGCAACCACCUUAAGUGACAAAUCCUGGGGAAUGGCAGUGGUUCCUUUACCGUUCUUCAUGCUCUUCCCUGCCAUUUCCUUCUCAUGAAGAGCAGAGUUAUGAAGCCUGUUUUCAUUCCCUAACUUGGUCUGCUGCCUUUUGGUGUGGUGGAGAGUUCACCCCAUUGCCAUCAUUGAAUUUAGAUUCACCUAGCAUUCUAGGUGAAGACUCCCCUUAAUCACCACAACCAGCAAAAUUUCUUGGGUGAGACAUGAGUCUAAGGAGUUUAUCCCAUGAAUAUCCUGGAAAAAUUCAAUAAUUACACGUAAUGAUUUCACACGACGUCGCACAAAACCCACCAUUAAAGAGGUCACAA